UCGGUAAGCAAACAGCUGUGAAGGUAUCUCCCUCAAAGUUUAGGUAAUCGGCAACAAGUUGAAGAACGUUGGUGUCAUUUUCAAGGUCGCCAUUUUCCCGGGUGUUCCCAAAGAAUUUUAACUUAAGAUAUCAAGAAAAAAGUUCAGCUUGAAGAAAGUCGGUUAAAUUGUUCAGAAAUUGUAAGACUAUAUUCAAGUGGCACUCCUUCCAUAUUUGGGAAGAAAAGAAAAAAAAGUUAAGUUUUAUCUCAUCUGUUCCUUGAAGGACGUUGAUAAAGGAGUGUUCCAGAUUUGUAAAAGUUACCAGAACGAAGGUCAAGGUCUGCAAAUGCAAACAUUAUUUUGAAAAAAUCACUUAAAUUAAUUUGACAAGACUGGAGUCUAUGCCUAUUCCCUGCCUUUGCCAUAACAUAAGACAUUUUCACAUUGCAAGGACUAACCUUUAAUUAGGUUUUCAUUAGCAAUAUGUAUCGCUUAAAAACUAUGCUGGCAUUGUCGGAGAGAAAUUUGUCAACUGUUGGGCGUGCUGUAUUCUGCCGUGUGUGUUCUAGUUGGACUGGGAAUCGUGUGGAUGUUUCCAGUUUGCCUCGAAAGUAUGCCACCCAGGCAGCAGCGGAACCCUUCCUGAGCGGAAGUUCAUCGGCCUAUUUAGAGGACAUGUAUUCUGCCUGGCAACAGGAUCCAAGCAGUGUACAUAAGUCAUGGGACUCGUUCUUCCGACAGACUGCCAAAGGAGCCCCGCCUGGCCAGGCAUAUGUACGGCCUCCAACACUGGCAUCAUCUUCUGGUGUACCGGCCACGUUGCCCACACACGCCGUCACGCAGGGAGUACCCAUCGACGAGAAGAUCAUCGAAGACCACCUCUCUGUACAGACCAUCAUCCGGUCCUAUCAGAUUGCCGGUCACCACCUGGCGGAGUUGGACCCCCUGGGAAUCAACAGUGUGGACCUGCAGGCCAACCCCCCACAGCAGCUGCUCAUGAGUCACUACAGAUUCGAGGAGCAGGAUCUUGACCGCGUGUUUCGACUGCCAGCAACCACCUACAUAGGAGGCGACAGUGCAGCACUGCCACUGCGUGAAAUCGUAAAACGACUGGAGGAGGUGUACUGUCGCCAUAUUGGAGUGGAGUUCAUGUUUAUUAACAACAUAGAACAGACGGACUGGAUCAGGAAGAAGUUUGAGCCACCAGGAAUCAUGCAGUUCAGCAAUGAAGAAAAACGUCUCAUUCUGGCACGGCUGGUGAGGUCAACAAGGUUUGAAGAGUUUUUGGCGAGGAAAUGGUCGUCAGAAAAGCGGUUUGGUCUGGAAGGCUGUGAGGUGCUGAUACCAGCAAUGAAAACCAUCAUUGAUUCCUGCAGUGCGUAUGGAGUGGACAGCUUUAUCAUAGGCAUGCCUCACAGGGGUCGUUUGAAUGUACUGGCCAACGUGUGCCGCAAACCUCUGGAGAAGAUCAUCUGUCAGUUUGACUCGAAGCUGGAGGCGUCCGACGAGGGAUCGGGAGACGUCAAGUACCACCUGGGGAUGUCGCACGAGCGGCUGAACCGCGUCACAAACAAAAACAUCAAACUGGCCGUUGUGGCGAACCCGUCUCACCUGGAGGCCUGCGACCCAGUGGUGCAGGGCAAGACGAGGGCCGAACAGUUCUACAGGGGAGAUACUGACGGGAAGAAGGUUAUGAGUAUUUUACUUCAUGGAGAUGCUGCAUUUGCAGGACAGGGCGUUGUGUACGAGACAUUCCACUUGAGUGACUUGCCAGCAUACACCACACAUGGAACUAUCCACAUCGUAGUAAACAACCAGAUCGGCUUCACGACUGACCCGCGGAUGGCGCGGUCAUCACCGUACUGCACGGACGUGGCCCGGGUGGUGAACGCACCCAUCUUCCACGUCAACGCAGACGACCCAGAGGCAGUCAUACACGUUUGCAAGGUGGCUGCUGAUUGGAGGACAACAUUCGGCAAGGACGUCGUUAUUGAUCUCGUGUGCUAUCGCCGAUUUGGCCACAACGAAAUUGAUGAACCCUUGUUUACCCAGCCUCUCAUGUACAAGAAGGUAGCCAAACAGCCGACAUCCCUCGUCAAGUAUGCUCAAAGCCUCGUUGCCAAUGGUGUUGUUUCACAGCAGGAGUAUGAGGAGGAAGUGGCAAAGUAUGACAAAAUUUGCGAGGAGGCUUACGUGGCUGCCAAGAAGGAAACUGCUGUAAAGAACACCGACUGGCUGGACUCCCCAUGGGGCAACUUCUUUGAGGGUCGGGACCCCAUGAAGAUGCCCAUCACCGGAGUCUCAGAGGACGUCCUCCACCACAUUGGAGGAAUCUUCAGUACCCCACCCGAUGAUUUCGUCAUCCACGGAGGUUUGAAGAGGAUCCUGAAGAGCCGCAGUGAGAUGGUGCAGAAUCGGAUGGCCGACUGGGCGCUCGGUGAGGCGCUCGCUUUCGGAUCUCUUCUCAAGGAGGGAAGUCCAGUCAGACUAAGUGGCCAAGACGUCGAGCGUGGAACAUUCAGUCACCGGCACCACGUUCUGCACCACCAGAAUGUUGACAAGAGUAUGUACGUGCCCCUGAACCACCUGUACCCGGACCAGGCCAGCUACACCGUGUGCAACAGCUCACUGUCCGAGUACGGCGUCCUCGGUUUUGAGCUGGGUUUCUCCAUGUCCAACCCGACGGCGCUAGUCAUCUGGGAGGCUCAGUUUGGCGACUUCGCCAACACGGCACAGUGCAUCAUCGACCAGUUCAUCUCGAGCGGCCAGGCCAAGUGGGUGAGGCAGAGCGGCAUCGUGUUGCUGCUGCCGCACGGCUACGAGGGGAUGGGUCCUGAACAUUCUAGUGCCAGACUUGAACGCUUCCUGCAGAUGAGCAACGACGAUCCAGACCACUUUCCCCCGGAGACUCCACAUUUCGAAAUUCAGCAGCUGCAUGAAACCAACUGGAUUGUGUGCAACUUGUCAACACCGGCCAACUUCUUCCACGCAAUGAGACGGCAGAUUGUCCUUCCAUUCAGAAAACCUCUCGUCGUGAUGACUCCCAAGAGCUUGCUGCGUCUGCCUGAAGCACGGUCGAGUUUUGAUGAAAUGAACGAAGGAACGAUGUUCAAGCGUCUGAUAGCGGAGUCUGGUGCAGCAUCGGAGAAUGCGGAUGGCGUGAGAAAGCUGAUCCUGUGCACGGGAAAGCUCUACUACGAACUAGUGAAGGAGCGAGAACAGAAGGGUGUCGUGGAAAAGAUUGCCAUUUCAAGAAUUGAACAGAUCACGCCGUUCCCGUUUGAUUUGGUGAAGGCCGAGAUUGAGAAGUACCCGAAGGCAUCACUGAUGUGGGCGCAGGAGGAACACAAGAACAUGGGCGCCUGGAUGUACGUGCAGGCCCGCGUGAAAACCAUCCUCGGCAAACUCAACAAAGACAUUGAGAUCGAGUAUGCCGGCCGCCAUUCGUCCGCUGCUGCUGCCACAGGAAACAAACAGAUGCACCUGAUGGAGCUGGGUCAGAUCCUGCAAACGACCAUGGACAUCCGCUCGCGGAGCAAGAAGUGAACACCGCAGCCCCAGUCAAAGCGGAGAGAAACCCGAGACCAGCCACCACCAGUUUGUUCAGUGAUUAACCCCAGUCUUCACCAGAUAGCACAGUGGACUUUUCAUAGUCACUUUAUGACAUUAUCAAUGUAAUUGUUGUACUGCGCCAGUUGUACUUUUAACAUGUGUGGUGUUGCAGUGCUGCAAAUGCUGAUGCUUCACUUUUUUUUGUCGGUGAAGAAGAUAAACAUUGUGAUUUUUGUACUGCAUAUUUAUACAUCCUUCUUGUCUCAAGCACCCGAUAUUCUGUACAUAUUUCAGUCAUCUCAGUGGUAAAUUAUUUAAAAUGAUAUUUCACUUUUGUAUAUAGAAAUCUGUCGGUUUUAAAAUGGUAACUUUGCCUUCAGUAAAAAGAGAGAGAGAAAAAGAGAAAAAUAUCUAAUUCGGUUUCCGAAGAUGAUUCAACAUGUGUAUUUUUCUGGUUGAAUGAAAUCUGGUUUUAUAUGCAAUGUUAAAUUCUCUAGUUUUCAUAUAUAAUGUUACAAAUAUUGGAGUUAGUGAAAAUCUCACAAUUCUAAAAGUUGUGAGAAUUGCCCAGGACUGUUUCAGAAUUGAUCACAUUAGAUGGGGAGGGGUGGGUGAGGUAAUCAUUUUCAUAUAGCUACAACCUACAAAAUAAAUUUUAUUUAAAGCAAGUAUAUGAAAUGGGGGUGGGGAGAUGUAACCACCAGACAUAAAAUAUAAUAAUUAUUGCCUCCUGCACACACACACACAUCUGUCAUGAUGGAACUUCUGUGACACAACAGUUUUCUUCUUGAUAUGUGCCUCCAUUGUGGACCUUUUUCCUUUCGUGUUUUGUCCCUUAAGAAUGAGUGGAAACAAGGUGUGUAUUGUGCUGUAAUUUGAGUGUGCCAGGUUAACAUAACACAAGAAAUGAAACCUGCUGACGACUGUCGUGCUUGUAUAGUGUUAUUAACUUUAGUAUAAUUGUAAUUAUGUGCUCUUACCUGGUGAGACUAAUGCAAUCAUGUGUUUUUACCUGGUGGGACUAAAUAAUUGUUUUGUUACCCUAGUGGGACUAAUGUAAUUAUGUGUUUUUACCUGGUGGGACUAAAUAAUUGUUUUGUUACCCUAGUGGGACUAAUGUAAUUAUGGGUUUUUUCCUGGUGGGACUAAAUAAUUGUUUUGUUACCAUAGUGGGACUAAUGUAAUUAUGUUUUCUUACCUGGUGGGACUAAAUAAUUGUUUUGUUACCCUAGUGGGACUAAUGUAAUUAUGUUUUCUUACCUGGUGGGACUAAAUAAUUGUUUUGUUACCCUAGUGGGACUAAUGUAAUUAUGUUUUCUUAUCUGGUGGGACUUUUGUAAUUAUGUGUUUGCAUUAUGGGAAUAUUAAAAUCAUGUUUUCUUGCCUGGUGGGACUAUUGUAAUUAUAUUUAUAUUUGUCAUGGGGACUUUUAUAAUUAUAUAUACAUAUUAGAUUUUUUUAGGAGCACAAGUGUGAUAUAUAUAUAUAUAUUAAAAAAAAACAUACUUCUAUAUUUUUCCAACUUUACCAUUUCAAUUUACUAUAUCAAAUUUAUAAUCAUGAUAAAAAUUAAGUGUAUUACAAAUGUCGUUCGAGACUAAAACUUUCACAAGUCUACAAAGUGGUCUUUUCCUGCUACUUCUUCCCCACUUCCAAGUGUACACCAAAAACUUAUUUUUACAAACAUUAUUUUCUCAUUUUAUAGUCAUUCACUGGCAAUAACAUAAGACUUUUCACUACUUCUCAAAAAUGCCUUGCCUGUUGGUGCAGUAGGUUGAAAUCCCACGAUUAUACAAUGUUGGUUUUACAAAUAUAUCUUAUAUGGAAGCAGAACACAUCAAGUGUGACGAAGAUAAAGUAUUCAACAAAUAAAUUCUGAUUAGAAAUCAAAAGUACUCUGCAAGCACUUUAAUGUUGUUAAUGUGUCUGUGUGUGCAUGUCCUAACUUCGAUCAGAAACAGGUCGUCUAUUGUCUAUACAUGUGUGAAUGAAGUACAACAUCCAUGCAGUUUUCAUUCCACAAACUUUACACACGUCCCUACUUUUAGAGAGUUAUUGGCAAUAAUUUCAUUUUCUCUUCUGCAAAAAACACUGAAUUAUAGAUUUAUCAUCUUCAGAACACGAGAUCACUUGCCGAAGAAGAAUGAACAAAAGUUUGUCGAAAAUCAUUUUCUCCACAUAAAUUCCAGACUUCCAAGUCAGCUCAACAUUGUUAUUUAAGUAAAAUCAAUUUAAAUUAGUUUUUGGUGGUUUGUGAUCAAAAUCACAUGCAUAAUUUGGUUAAAGACAAAAUAAUUGUAACCUAAAAAUACUUAAUUUCUGACUCAUCUAUGGCGCAGGGUAGAUCCAUUUGUGUCUUUCUUUUCAUGUCUUAUCUAUUCAUAUAUAAAGAUACAUAUUUUAGAAAGUCCGAAUAUAUUUAUGGGUGUAGGUUUUAUGAAUAUUUCUUCAACAUUAAACGAGAGUUUUUUUUUUUUUUUGUUUAACAAUGACCCAUAUUAGUUCUAUUUAUUGCUUAAAAAUAUUUGAAAAGUGCUGGCUGUAUUUUGUAUAUCUGAUAAGAAAAACAAGUUUUGUGAAUGUACAGAAUAGGUAUAUCACAACCGUAAACCUGCAUGUGUUAGUGUACAGGUGGUUGUCGGUUGGGUUGCACUGUUAAAUGUAAUAUUUUUUAUUAAAACUGGUUUUAGUGA